GAGCGCCUUUCUUUCUCAAGUACUAGAGGAGAACAAGAACACGAAGACAGUGGUUAACUUCUAGAGGUUACGUGUUUUGUAAUAGAACUUCCUUCUCAACCGUUGGAGUUCUUCCCUGCUUGCAUGUUACAUUAUGACAGAACCCUACUCAGUCGUCGAUCGCUCACUGUCCGAUGAUGAAAUUCGUUCGCGACUAAAAGAAUUCGGCUACGAUCCACCUCCUAUUUGCGAUGAAAUCACACGAACUAUUUUGCUGAAGAAACUGGCGCGUUUUAUUGACCCUGCUUGCACUAUAGAACAAAGUAAUUGGGAGGACCACCACGAUUGGACUGGUGAAAGUGUUGCGCGUCAGCGGACCUCAUCCUUUCCGUCGAAGGCAAAAUAUGCGUCUCCGGCUGCUACCACGAAGAGAAGCCAGUUGAGAUGGGCACUUAUCGCUAUUUCUCUCAUUGCUCUCGUACCGCUCGUUCUCUAUACAAUGUUUUUCACUUAACUUGGGCUGAGUAUGGCAUCUAUGGGCCUUCAUUGUACUAACCGCAAUACAGACUGCUUUUUGAA